CACAGAUGCAUAGCAGAGCUCAGAAGGUGCAUCACCAGACUGAGGAGAACAGACGCAUAGCAGAGCUCAGAAGGUGCAUCACCAGACUGAGGAGAACAGACGCAUAGCAGAGCUCAGAAGGUGCAUCACCAGACUGAGGAGCACAGAUGCAUAGCAGAGCUCAGAAGGUGCAUCACCAGACUGAGGAGAACAGACGCAUAGCAGAGCUCAGAAGGUGCAUCACCAGACUGAGGAGAACAGACGCAUAGCAGAGCUCAGAAGGUGCAUCACCAGACUGAGGAGAACAGACGCAUAGCAGAGCUCAGAAGGUGCAUCACCAGACUGAGGAGAACAGACGCAUAGCAGAGCUCAGAAGGUGCAUCACCAGGCUGAGGAGCACAGAUGCAUAGCAGAGCUCAGAAGGUGCAUCACCAGGCUGAGGAGAACAGACGCACAGCAGAGCUCAGAAGGUGCAUCACCAGACUGAGGAGAACAGACGCAUAGCAGAGCUCAGAAGGUGCAUCACCAGACUGAGGAGAACAGACGCAUAGCAGAGCUCAGAAGGUGCAUCACCAGACGGUGGAUAGAGAGAACCUGAUGCCUCGGAAGUUUUCAAUGAGGAAUAAUUAAAAUCACAACUGGCAAAGAGGUCUUGGAUAGUGAAGAAAUGUUGACAGUCUAUGGAUGAUCAGCGGUGAAGAUAUAAGACCACCAGUCACACAACAGAGAAGACGUCGGCACAUCUCAGCUCAAGACAAGUAGUCGGAUCAUUGCCACCUGGGCGAUGUCCCAGGUCUUCAUUCAUACUUCAGUACAGGUGAGGAGAUGACAUGGACCUGGAUCACGUUUGGAAUCCUGGAGCUUUGUGGUAUUACGAAACAAUGAUAUGGAAGGCCUAUGGAUUCUCCGGUACAGGAGACAGCUGGCAUCAAGCGCCUGUCCGGAAUCCCUCAAGGAGAUAAUGACUAAACUGCAAGAACUUCAGAUGUUGACUAUAGAAGAGGUGAAAUGUUUUCAGGAAUUACCACUGCCAAAGCGGGCAGAGGCCAUUAUGGACACUGUAGGUGGGAAGGGCAGGAUAUCUCUUCAAGCAUUCCAACACUGCAUCGAGAACAGUCGCACCUGCCUCUACCUGCGCAUGUGUCACUACGAUCCACUGGUUCGGAAACAUUUAGACAAUGUGGAAUAUGACGAUCACCCUCCUCUGUUGGCACAGCUAUGCUCCGUCCUAAUGGUGGAAGGUCUCAAGGAUGCCCAGCUCCAGGAGCAUGAUAUUGUACAGCUAGAACUAGACCAGGCAGGGCAAGGAGGCUCUAAGAUGUUGCCCCUCGAAAAAAUGCUAUUGCCGUUGUCUCGGGUCAGUCUCCCCCCACGUAUCUCCGUAACUGUGGGGGUGGCAGGGGCUGGUAAGAGCACUCUUGUUAGACUGUUUGUGGAAAAGUGGGCUCGUGGUGAGUUGUGUCCAGACAUUAAAUCUGUAUUGUCUCUAAAUCUGUGGGAGCUGAAUAUUUAUGAUCGUCUCUCUGCAGAGAAGUUGUUACGUAUUGCAUGCCCAGGCACUACCACGCCACCACCAAGUUCUCUUCUAAUUUUGGAUGGCUUGGAUGAAUUACGAGCUCCACUCGAAUUUUCAGACUCUAUUGGCAGCACAGACCCCCAGAAAGAACUUCCUCCUGAAUGUCUCAUAACCAAUAUUAUACGUGGGAACCUGCUGCCAGAGGUCAACGUGUGGAUCACAUCAAGACCAGGAGCAGCAGCAAAGAUUCCUGGUGGGCUUGUGGAUCGGAUGACAGAAGUAUCAGGUUUAGGGUCCAAUGAAAUCAGGGACAUUCUAGAUCAGCUGAUACAUGACACCAAUGGUACCAUGGAGAGGGUCUGGGAUCACUUACAAUGUCAUCGUGCCUUGAUGGCCCUAUGUUCAGUGCCCACAUUGUGCCAUAUUGUAGGACUUUCUCUAGCAUAUACCUUGCAUGCUCAAGACUCCACAUAUCAACCUCUACCAGAUACACUGUCUGCCAUAUUUUCCUGGUAUUUGAAGGCCCAAUUUUGCAACUCAGAAGGGAUCGAGCAGACAACUAAUGCCCGAAGAACGGUUGGCAAUUUAGGGAAACUGGCAUUCCAAGGACUUCUUAGGAAACGGACCAUGUUUUAUGAGUCAGAUCUGAAAUCUUGUGGGAUUGAGAUGCCUAUUCUACCAGGCAGCCUAUGUUCCCGACUGCUGGUUUCCCAAAAUUCCCCUUCAUGUUUAUCUUUCUCCUUCUCCCAUCUCUUGCUGCAGGAGUUCCUGGCAGCUGUCCACUACUACUCUGCUGCCAAACGUGCCAUCUUUGACCUGUUUGCAGAUGGGGGAGUUUCUUGGCCCAAGUUGGGCUUUCUUAAUCACUAUAAAGGUGCCACCCAGAGAGUUUUACAAGCUGACGGAGUACACUUGUCCAUUUUCCUCCGUUUCCUAUCCGGACUUCUUUCACCACAAGUCCUGCGUGUCCUAGCUGGGUGUCUUCCAAAUAAAGAGGAACCAAGCAACCAACGUGGAGCAGCAAUAGAUCACCUGCAGAGCUUGUUGAGUGCAGGGAAGACAAUUUCCAGUGGGAAGGUGAACUUGGUGUGUUGUCUCUAUGAGAUGGGGCACACAGAGCUGAUCAGUGCCGUGGAUGAGGCUCUGAAGGCUGGAACUCUUAAGGGGCACUUGAACCCAUUGACAUGUUCAGCUCUUGCAUAUUUGCUACGGGUGUCAGACAGCUGUGCCCAAGAGACCAACCUCAACCAAUGCCUGAAUUAUGGACUAGUCCAGAACUUCCUCCCACAGCUCCAGUACUGCACCAGCCUCCGAAUGGAGAAUAACAACUUUAAAGACGAUGUUAUGGAGCUGUUGGCCACAAUUCUGCGCGCUAAAGACUGCGCCAUUGAAAAAAUCAGCCUUGCAGAGAACCAUUUAGGUAACCGUGGUAUUAAAGUGUUGGGAAAAGCUUUAAUGGUGAACCAUACUCUUUCAUCUCUUGACCUGCACAGCAACAUCAUUGGACCAAAUGGUGCCCGCGCCUUGGCAGAAGCUCUGAGGAACAAUCAAGUACUUUUGAGUCUAAAUCUACAUAACAAUCGCAUCAAAUCGGAGGGGGCUCAGCAACUGGCCCUGGCUCUACGGGUGAACCGCAAGCUGAAGGCCCUGAAUAUUAAAAAGAACUGCAUAGAAGCUGAAGGAGCUGAGAGCCUGGCGUCCAGUCUAAAGGAGAACCAGGUACUCCAGGAGCUGUGGUUAUCAAGCAACAGCCUGGGUGAUCACGGUGCUGCGGCUUUGGCUGAAGCUCUCCCGGUAAACUCAAGUUUAGUCUCCCUCGACCUGCAGAGUAAUUCCAUCAGUAACCACGGCCUGAAGUCCCUGACCAGCGGCUUGAGCAGGAACCACAGCCUCAAACACCUCAACUUGCGGGAGAACUCCAUCAGCAUUGAGGGCGCUCAGGCCUUGGCGCAGUCUCUCCAAAUUAACACCACUCUGACGCACUUGGAUCUGACGGCAAACCUGCUGCACGAUGAAGGCGUGGAGGCUCUGUCAGGAGCGAUGAGGGAGAAUCGGAGUCUGCAGUCUCUACAUCUCCAAUGGAAUUUUCUGCGGGUGGGGUCGGCACGGUCACUUGCUGGAGCUCUCCGUGUAAACAAAUGUCUACGCUGUUUGGAUUUGCAGGAAAAUGCCAUCGGAGAUGAGGGUACGUGCGCCCUGGCUGGUGCCCUGCAGGAGAACUCUACACUGUCUGCUCUCUAUCUACAGGGUGCAGCUGUCGGGGCUUCUGGGGCACAGUCGCUAGCAGAGGCGCUAAUGGUGAAUAAGGGUCUGACCACACUCGAUCUACGAGGGAACAGCAUUGGUCUUCGAGGGGCAAAGGCCUUGGCAGCUGCACUGAAGGUUAACAGCAUCUUGCAGAUACUAAACUUACAAGAAAACUCCAUAGGUCUGGAUGGCGCCAUCUGUCUCGCCAAUGCAGUCUCUGGAAACUCUUCUCUCGUCUCCCUCAGUUUGCAGGGAAACCACAUCGGUCAUUCUGGAGCCAAGGUUAUUUCAGAUACGCUGAAGAAUGAUGCUCCGCACUGCACGGUGAACAUAUGAGGCACCUCCAGCACUGACUGAACUGGACGGACGACUAAGACUGCACUCGUGCCGUGCCCCAUUCAAUUCAAUGAGCCAGACUGAGUCCGUUAGUAAAUCCGGUUGGGUCAUUUUCCAGCCAUUUCAAGCUUAUGGACAGACCCAAAAAAAACACAUGGUCUGCUGUGGUCACUUGCCGACACUGACCAGCUCAUUGAAUUCAAUGGGGCACAGCACGGGUCCAGCAGAGGUGUGGCGCCAGCAGAUUUUUAAAUUCUCCCACCAAUUCUUACCACUCUAGGCUCAAAACUUGGUGUCGAUGCACCCUUGGACAUUGGAGACCCCAUAAAGACAAUGCUAUUGAGCAGCUUUCUACAAAAAUCACCAAUAUUGUUAAAGUGGUACUCCGGUGGAAAACAUUUCUUUUUAAAUCAACUGGUGCCAAAAAGUUAAACAGAUUUGUAUAUUAC